AAGCACUCGGCCAAACCACCACAUCCGUUGACAUCCCAUCCUCAGAGCGACGUCAACACCCCCAACAGCUGGCCCUCUCCUCUCUACCUACCCAAUUGACCCGCCCUUCUCCCUUCACCUCCUGGCCCCUCUCCCGCCCCUUCUCCUCCCCGAUUCCGUCGAGACGACACGAUGCUGCGACAAUCUCUGGCUCGUUCGGCUUGGCGGAGCAGCAGACAUGCCGCAAAAUCCUCCAGAGCCUUUUCCGCCACAACCCGCCGGCUGGAGGAGGUGGAACUCACUAUCGACGGGAAGAAGGUAUCUAUCGAAGCCGGAUCUGCAUUAAUUCAGGCUUGCGAAAAGGCCGGGUCCACCGUCCCGAGAUAUUGCUAUCAUGAGAAGCUGAUGAUCGCCGGAAACUGCCGUAUGUGCUUAGUCGAAGUGGAGCGCUCGCCGAAACCCGUUGCUUCGUGCGCUGUGCCCGUACAACCUGGCAUGGUGGUCAAGACGAACUCGCCGCUCGCGCACAAAGCCCGCGAGGGCGUGAUGGAAUUUUUACUGGCGAAUCAUCCUCUAGAUUGCCCUAUAUGCGACCAAGGCGGCGAAUGCGACCUGCAAGACCAGUCUAUGCGAUAUGGCGCAGAUAGGGGCCGAUUUCAUGAGAUCGGCGGGAAGCGUGCGGUCGAGGACAAGAACAUCGGUCCCUUGAUCAAGACCUCGAUGAACCGGUGUAUCCAUUGCACGAGAUGUAUCCGAUUUGCGAACGACAUAGCCGGUGCCCCCGAGAUGGGUUCUUUUGGGCGUGGGAACGACAUCCAGAUCGGCACUUAUCUGGAGCAGAAUUUGGACUCGGAGAUGUCUGGCAACGUCAUCGACCUUUGCCCCGUCGGAGCCCUUACGUCGAAACCCUAUGCGUUCCGAGCUCGUCCGUGGGAGCUGAAGAAGACCGAGUCGAUUGAUGUGCUCGACGGCCUCGGGUCUGCCAUCCGUGUGGACUCGCGGGGCCUCGAGGUCAUGAGGAUUCUGCCCCGCCUCAACGAUGACGUGAACGAGGAGUGGAUCAACGACAAAACGCGAUUUGCCUGCGACGGCCUGAAGACACAGCGUUUGACUAUGCCAUUAGUACGACGACACGGCAGAUUCGAACCGGCCCCUUGGGAGCAAGCGCUGACCGAGAUUGCCGCGGCCUACCAGCAACUGGCCCCCGUGGGCGACGAGUUUAAGGUGAUCGCUGGCGAGCUCAUCGAAGUGGAGUCGCUAGUUGCCAUGAAGGAGCUGGCCAACAAGCUUGGGUCCGAAAACCUGGCUCUGGACACGCCCUCGGGGAACCGACCCGUAGCCCACGGUAUCGAUGUUCGGUCCAAUUAUCUCUUUAACUCGAGGAUCCUGGGCGUCGAAGAUGUCGACUGCUUGCUCCUCAUCGGCACCAACCCGAGACACGAGGCCGCCGGCCUGAACGCCCGCAUCCGAAAGCAGUGGCUCAGGUCCGACUUGGAAAUUGGUGUUGUGGGCGAAUCGUGGAACUCGACGUUUGAGUUUGACCAUCUCGGCACCGAUCUGGAGGCCCUGAGGAAUGCUCUGGCUGGUCCCUUCGGCAAGAAACUCCAGGCGGCGAAGAAGCCGAUGAUCGUUGUUGGCUCCGGUGUGACGGACCACCCCGACGCCAAGGCCUUCUACGAGCUCGUCGGCGGGUUUGUCGAGAAGAAUGCUGCGAACUUCUUAACUAAUGAGCAUAACGGGUUCAACAUUCUACAGAGAGCGGCCUCGAGAGCGGGCGCCUUUGAGGUCGGCUUCACGACACCCUCGCCCGCCGUUGCUGCGACCAGGCCCAAGUUCAUCUGGCUCCUCGGCGCUGACGAAUUUGCUGAUGCCGACAUCCCCAAGGAUGCCUUUGUCGUUUACCAAGGUCACCACGGCGAUCGGGGCGCACAGAUUGCCGACAUCGUGCUACCCGGCGCCGCUUACACCGAGAAGGCGGGUACGUACGUCAACACUGAGGGCCGCGUGCAGCUGACGCGCGCCGCCACGUCCCUACCCGGCGCCGCCCGGACGGAUUGGAAGAUCGUCCGGGCCGUCAGCGAGUUCCUCGGAGCCCCGCUACCCUACGACGACGUCGCCAUGCUGCGGGAUAGGAUGGUUGAGAUCAGCCCGGCGCUCGCCGUCUACGACGUCGUGGAGCCCACGUCCGUGCAGCACCUCAGCAAGGUGCAGCUAGUAGACCAGAACAGGGGCUCCAAGGUGACAGGCCAACCGCUCAAGAAGGUCAUUCAGGAUUUCUACUUUACAGACGUCAUCUCAAGGAAUUCACCGACGAUGGCGCGGUGUUCGGCCGCCAAGGCUACGGGCAACCCCGACAACAACUUCAUGGCGUCGGGCAUGACCGAGGACAGGCCCAUGGGGCAGGUGGCGUACGGCUCAUGAGAGCGAGAGAGAGAGAGGGAGGGAGACGAAAUAUAAGGGAGACAGGACGUAGAGUCUCUCUACUGCACGUGAAAUACGUGCCUCCGGGAGUUGCACUGGAGCGAAAAUAGAUGUGGGAUGUGUAUUUAAAACAAGAGAGAGAAGGCCAGUCCAAAGCAUUCAUCUCCCUCCCGCCGCCGCCGCUUCCGCCGUCAUAUAAUCGAGAAAUCUACAAAAUACCCUUUUUUUCUACUUCUGCCACCCCGUUUCCCUGUGCCCUGUGUGCUCUGCGCUCUAGCAUACCCACUUCUCUCUCUUGCUCCUUUCCCAACAUGUACGUGUAGUACGCGUGCCUGUGCCAGCCAGCUACCUACCUACCUACCUACCUACCUACGCACCCACGUAGCAGCACCACAGAAGGCGACGGGCAGACGGACUAG